UUAUGCACGUUAAGCAGCGGCGGUGUCGGUGACCACCAGGAAGCAGAAGGGCCGAGGACAGUGGGGUAACCUGUACAACAAGUAUUGUGUAUAGGCAGCAGGGUGUGGAGCUAUGUGACCCGUCUGAGUCCCGUCUGGAAUCCCUCACUGUGUGCUCUGUGACUUCUCCAGAGUGUAAGCUGCUGCACCCACCACAAGAUGUUCAAGAACCUGAUGCAGAAGAUCUCUGAGGGGCAAUCCCCUGUAAGGGGCAACCUCCAGCGCCAAGAACAGGGGCAAUCAAGAGUGUCACCAACUGGGAAGCGGAGCCGUACAUCCUCCGUGACAGACCAGCAGGAGGACAGCGCGGCUACACCAGACAAAGAGCUGCUGGCCGGGAUGAUAGCAGAGCCUGCUUUACUCUCUGAAUACACUAUUUUUGCUCUGGACCACACCAAACGGUCCAGACCCCUGAGUGGCAGUGUGAAUGGAUCAAAGUCCGCAGAUGACAUGAAUGGCAGCGAUCCCGUCUCCAGUCAGAAGAACGAACCUCAGUCUUUUGCACAAAAGCUUCAACUCCGCGUCCCUUCAAUGGAGUCACUAUUUCGAAGCAGUUCACGUGAGUCACUAAAUCGGAUUGAUGGAGACAGUUCAGGGCCUGUGUUCGAUCCUUCUUCUGACAUUGAAAGUGAAGCAGAAGAUGCUGUUGGUGGUCAUGAAAGCCUCAGUAAAGAACAACUUUUUCAUCGACUGCAUAGGAUGGAGAAGAGCUUGGGCAACUACCGUGGGAAAUAUUCAGAGUUAGUCACAGCAUACAGAACCAUUCAGAGAGACAAAGAAAAACUGCAGUCAAUUUUGAGCCAGAGCCAGGAUAAAGCAUUAAGAAGAAUUGGAGAACUGCGUGAGGAACUUCAGAUGGAUCAACAGGCCAAGAAACACCUGCAAGAAGAAUUUGACGCAUCUCUUGAGGAGAAAGACCAGUUAAUUAGUGUGCUGCAAACUCAGGUUACUUUACUUAAACAACGACUUGGAAAGGGACAAAUAGAACCAGAGACAUCAGUCCCUCCAUCAGAGCCUGAAAACCAGAGCAUAGGACAGGAAGGAGAAGCGGACAACAUUCCCACACCUGAUGGAAGUGGUGAUGGUGCAAAAACACUUGAUGCUCUCCAAGUAAGAGUGAAACGCCAAGAGAACCUUCUUCAGAGAUGUAAAGAGAUGAUUCGCUCACAUAAGGAGAAGUGCACUCAGCUCACCAGUGAAAAAGAAGCUUUACAAAAUCAACUUGAGGAAAGGCUCCAAGAGCUUGAAAAAGUGAAGGAACUUCACACCAGUGAGAAGACCAAGCUGAUAACCCAGCUGAGGGAUGCCAAGAAUCUGGUUGAGCAGCUGGAGCAAGAUAAGGGAAUGGUCAUUGCAGAGACUAAAAGACAGGUGCAUGAGACUCUAAUGAUGAAGGAAGAAGAGGUUUCUCAGCUUCGAACACGGGUCAAGCAGUUGACCACUAAAUGUGAACAGCUACAAGAACAGAAAGAGAAAUCCGAAAAAGCCGCAUUUGAACAAUUGGAAAAAGCUGUAAGUGCCUCACAGAGCACGGAGGAGGCCCACCACAAAGGCAAACAAGAAAUGGAAGAGCACAUUAAAGCCAUAGAGCAAGCUAGCGAGGAGGAGCGUAUGAAAAUACAAAAGGAGCUUAGUCGUGUGAAGCAAGAGGUGGUGGAUAUUAUGAAGAAAAACUGUGAUGAGCGUAUUAAGGAGAUGGAAAAGUUACAUGCUGAAGUCUUAAAGCAUAAAGAGGAGGAACACAAGGAAACACUAAGACUGUUAGAAGAGGAAAAUCACGAAAAGCUAAAAAACACAUUUACAAAGAGUCAAGAGGAGCAUUUGAUGACUAUGCAAGAAAAAGAACAGCAAGCGUUACUUGCUUUAGAAGAGAUGGAACUUCAGAAGAAAGCCAUUGAAACACAAACUGAAAAUCAGCUUCAGGAAAUGCAGCAAGAACUUGAGGAAUGUAGAACGAGAAUUCUUGAAUUGGAAAGUUUUCUUGCAAAAACAUCUCAGGAUAGUGACAUAAAAUCAGAAGAAUUAUCCACUCGUCUAGAAAGUGAAACAAACAAGCACAAUGCAGAAAUAACUGCAAUUAUUGAAAAACACAAGCAAGAACUUGAGCUCCAUAAUCAGGAUAAUGAAAGAAAGUUCAUAGAGAAGCUUGAAGGUUUAAAACAUGAACAUGAAGCAGAGAUCAGUGCAUUAAAAGAGAAGUGCCAGCAAGAAUUUGAUGAACAAUUAAAAGAAAAGGAGCAUACUUUUCAGGCUCAUAUUGAAGAAAUGAAUGAAAAGGCCUUGGAGAAAUUAGAUGUAAAGCAAACAGAACUGGAAGCCCUCUCAUCUGAAUUGUCAGAAGCUCAAAAGCUUCAUCAGGAAAUUGAGCAGAAUCUUUUUAAAUGUCAGAACGAAAUGGAGAAAAUAAAACUAGAUUAUAACAGUCAGCUUGUUGAGCUCCAGAAGCAGCACCAAGACCAUAUUGGUGCUCUUGAAAAAGAGAAGGAGAUAAUGACUCAAGGGGUAGAAAAAGGUUUGAAGGAGGAAAUUAACCACUUAAAGCUUUUGCUCGACGCAAAAGAGAAGGAGAUGGAACAUUUGCAACUUGAAAAGCAGCAAUUGAUGGAAGGAGUUCAGAAGGCUGAUAGGGAGUUGAAAACUGUUUCGGUUCAACUGGAUGAGCUGCGUUUUUCAUAUGAGAAGAAGGCACAAGAGGAUGCAGAGAACUAUAGCACAGAGCUAAAAGAUAUAAAAGAGAAGUUGAGUGAAGAAAGGAACCGUCUUAAAAAAUUAGUUGAAGAACAAGAAUCUAAACUGCAGCUUUUGACUGCAGAGCUGGAUUCUCAUAAAAAACAGGUAAAGAAGCUUUCCGAAAAAAUUGACAAGCAGGCCACACAUAUUAAUGAAAUGACACUGCAGUCCGAGACAAAAAUAAAGGAGUAUAAAUCUCAAGUAGAAGAGCUGAAAAUAGCUGCUAUCGAUAAGGAAACUGAAAUUCAGAAGCUGACGGAGGCUCAUAACCAAAUUAUUGACAAGCUUAACCAAAAUUUGUCUUCCAAAGAAAAGAAAAUAGAAUCCUUACAAGAAGAACACCGAGCAAAAACUAAAAGUCAAGACAACCAAAUCGAAAGAAUGAAACUGAGAAUUAAAGAAAUACAAGAGAUAUCUAAAAAAAAAAAUUCUGAACUGGAAAGUAAACUCAAAAAAGAGUUGGAGAAGAAACAACUUGAAUUAGAUGAUAAAGAAAAGCAAUUUAAUGAGAAGAUGCUGGAGAUGGCCCAUGCAAGUUCUAGUGGAAUUAAUGAUGCAUUGUCUCAGCUGGAACAAAACCAUAAAGAACAAAUUGUCAGUGUCAGAGAGGGCCACCAAAGGGAAUUACAGGAGACUGUACAAGAAUGGGAGAAAAAGAUAAGCCAACAUGUGGAAGAACUGAGGGAAAAGCAUGAGGCUGAACUUCAGGAGAAAGUCCAAGAGGUAACUGAGACUAAACAGCUGGUUAGCAACCUCAGCAAAGAGAAGGAGGAAGUGGACAAACAAUUUACUGCACUAAAGGAUGAAAAAAAUAGAUUGGAAAUCACUUUCCAUGAAUUACAGGAUAAGCUAAAUAAGAUGACUGCUCAUGUGUUGUCUUUGACCCAAAGUGAAAGUAACUGGAAAUCUGAGCUUGAAAAGGUACAAAAUGAAUACAAAUCACUAGUGAACGAUAAAAAUUUGGGUGAAUCUAAACUUGAUGACCUACAGAAGUCUGUGGACGCAAACAAAAAUGAAAUUAAGGAUUUGCUUGAUAAGCUAUGCAAAGCAGAGGAAAAAUGCCAGUCACUAGAAACUUCUCACAGUAAUGAGUAUGCUACACUUACAAAUGAAUUGUCUAAUAAGCUAUUAGAGAAAGAAGCUUGGUGCAACAAACUCCUUCUUGAACAUGAACAGAAAUUUGAAAAUUGCUGCAAAGAGGUUUUGAUACUGUUAGAGACAUUAACAUUUGGACUAAGUAAUAAAUACAAUGAGCACAUGAAUAGACUGAUGCUCAGAAUUGGUGUUUGUGAAAAAGCAGCAUGCAGAUUGAGAGAACCCGUUUCAAAACACAUUAGCAAUAUCCAAGUGUUAGAAACUGAAAUGAAUCAUUUAAGUAAUGAAUUUAAGGCCGCAAAUACAUCCUUGACACAAAGCAUCCAACAAUUGCACGAAAAAGAAAAUAUGAUUUUGGCUAUGAAGGAAGAAAUGAAGGCUCUCUCCGUAGAGAAGGAAGCUUUGCAGAAAGAGGAAGGUAACCAGCAAAAAGUGGCCGACGAAAAGGAAUCUUGUAUCACACAAUUGAAAAAAAAGCUCUCAGAAAAUAUCAAUACUGUUACAUCUUUGAAUGCCACAUUAAAAGAGAGAGACAUUGAAGUAAAUGAACUUAAGUUAAAACUUGAGAACAGUGUGGCCUUGGAAGAAAAAGAGAAAGCGAUAGCUUUUCUCAGUUCCCAGCACAAUGAAACUCAUCAGCAAUUCCUGAAGCAGAUCCAAGACUUGACAUCAAAUAUUGAAGAGCUGAAUAAAGAAAAAUCUGCCUCUGCAAAAGAAGCAGAUAGAUUGCGAAACAAGUUGGAGGAAUGGAAGAAAAAAGCAGAAGCCCGGUUUACCCAAAAUCACCAAACAAUCAAAGAUUUACAAGAAAAGGUUGAAAUUGCUAAUAAACAACUGCUUGGCAAAGAUGGAGAAAUUAAGAUGGUCAGAGAAGAGUUUGAAAAUUUUCAAAGCAACACUGAAAAGGAUCAAGCCAACAGGGAAGGUUUAGCACUCGAGUUAACCACCAACGUAGACCAUCAGAACUCAAAAAUUCAGGAAUUGGAGUCAGAAAUUGCCAAAUUAUCUAAAGAAAAACAAUGUUUGAUGGAAGAGGUAGACAGACAAAUUCAGCAACAGGGUAAUGAAAAAAGACAACUCAUAGAACAGCUUUCACAUAUUCAAAAUGUUGCCUCAGAAAAAGACAAUCACUCUAUGCAAGCUCAGCAGCAAAUACUCGGGCUAGAAAAUGAAAUCUCAAGCUUGAAAGAAGAAAGUACCAGAAGACAAAAUGAGUGGGAGCAGUUAAGAAUAGAGCUAACAGAGAGCAAAGAUAAGGCUUUGAAAACAUUGGAAGAGCAACUGACAAGUGAAAGCGCAAAAAAAAUUGCAGAACUCAAGAAGAAAGCAGAGCAAAAAAUUGCAUCUAUUAAGAAGCAGCUUAUGUCUCAGCUAGAAGAAAAGGAAAAAUCUAAGCAAGAUCUGGAAGUUCAACUAAAAGGUCUUAAGGAUCAGAUACAGAGCGAAGGCCAGACACUACAAGCAAGCUUGAACCAGGAAAAAGAAGAACUUGAGAACAAAUAUACAAUACUUCAAGAGCAACACCUUCAGAAGGACAGUGAAUUAUCUAGCCUAAAAGAUGAAUUGCUGCUAAAUGAAAAGAGACUCAAAGACCUAGAAAAUAUAAAUGAGACAAUGGAGAAGAAGCUUAGUGAAAGUGAAAGGAUCAUAAAUGAGAGAGAGUUGUCCCUGGUGACCGAAAGGGAAACUGAAAAUCUCAAACAGGAGCAACUGUCUUCCAAACAUCAGGAGGCUUUACUUUCUCUACAGGAACAAUUAGCUGUGAAAGAUUCAGAGUUGAAAGAUUGUAAUGAAAAAUUAGAAGAGAGGGCAAAGGCUUAUGAAGAACUCAAAGUACUUUUUGAUGAAAUUCAAUCUCAGGAGAACACGUUAAAGGCAAAACUUAAAGAAGCAGAAGGGGAAAUACAGAAAUUCCGCAAGGAAGUAACAAAGCUGCAGAAGGACUUGAGGACUUUACGCAAGGAACAUAAUCAAGAGCUAGAUUUGUUAAAAAAGGAACUUUUAGAAGAAUCUGAGCAGAAAAUCAAAUAUGAACAAGAAGAUCUUGAACUAAAGCACAAUUCUUCCUUAAAGCAACUUAUGAGGGAAUUUAACACACAGAUGGCGCAAAAAGAGCGUGAACUUGAAAUUGCUGUUCAAGAGACAAUUGUGAAAGCGCAAGAGGUUGAAGCAGAAAUAAUACAAUCGCAUCAGAUAGAAACAACCCAGCUCCAUAAGAAGAUUGCAGAGAAGGAAGAUGAUCUAAAAAGAACAGCCAAGAAGUAUGAAGAAAUUUUGGAGGCACGAGAAGAAGAAAUGACUGCUAAAGUGACUGAAUUACAGGAGCACCUAGAAAAAUUACAGGAAGAGCUGUCAAAGACCCAGGAAGAGCUGUCAAAGACCCAGGAAGAGCUGUCAAAGACCCAGGAAGAGCUGUCAAAGACCCAGGAAGAGCUGUCAAAGAGCCAAGAAGAGGAGGUGACUCAAGAAGCAGAGUACCCCGAUCAUGUGAAGAUUCAAGCACAAUUGGCAAAGAAAACCACACAGCUGAAUGAAUCCAAACUGAAAGAGCAGGAGCUUAAAGAAAAGCUUAACACUUUGGAGGAUCAGUUAAAAAACUACUCACGUGGUGUAUUUGUCACUCCUCUUAGUACUCCGUAUAAAGAUGUCAAUCACCGGUACACUGAUGUGUCUCUUUUUGGAGAGCCAACAGAAUUUGAGUAUUUGAGAAAAGUCAUGUUUGAAUAUAUGAUGGGAAGGGAAACUAAGACCAUGGCAAAAGUUAUUACUACAGUUCUUAAAUUUCCAGCUGAUCAGGCUGAGAAGAUCUUGGAAAGAGAAGAUUCCAAACCUGUGUUUACCCCGCCUCGCAGUGGUAUCUUCUGAAUCAGUUAGCAUGCGGUCUUGGCUGAGAUAGUCUUCCUGAAGAUGUGAUAUUUUCCUCAAGAUGCUGCUUCCUGUGGAUAUGCGCUUUUUUCUUUUCUUCCAACAUACCAAUGGAAUGAACUAAGAACCAAAAUGUUUAGCAAUCAAGAACUUUACCAUAAUUGCCUUGAGUUGAGCUGAUGCUACAUAGUGGCCAGGUCAAGCUCCAUUUUUAUUCAAUACUUUAAUUGCCAUGAAAUACAGGAGAAGAAAGCAUUUAUUUGGUACAACGGUUUGCAUUACUGACUGCUUAUGAAAUUAGCAUAUCGACAACUCUACACUCUAGAUGUCUAUAAAUGCUAAACCCACUGCUAACAUUUUCAAGCAUGCCGAGGCAAGCCAUGGUUCUCCCACUAGCCCGCAUGUCCUGCAACUCUAUCCGGUUUUCUCCUAUUCUGGGUUAUUUUAUUGGAAUGACAUUUAACAUGUUUUUUUGGAUUCAUAAAGAUAAAUCAAAUCGGUUUUUUGAGGUUGAUUGCCAUAAAACCUGUGUUAUAUUAUCCUUCUUUUUGUGUGAAUUGAUUGUGCAAUACUUACUAAGGGGAGGAAUUGUGUUUACUGCACUCACACUUAAUCAGUUUGUUGCUUUGCUUAAUUUUCCUUUCCCCUAGGUUUGAUUUAGGUUGCUAUGGGCCAGUUCUUUAACUUUUCAUCUAUGAUGAAAUAUCCUAAAUUGGAGUACCUCAUUGGGGUUUCUUCAGGCUUUUGUAUCUAUAUUUCCGAGAAAUUGAAUACACUACUGUAUAUUGUAAAUAGUCAAUAUAUUAAUGUAUUAUACUGUUUUUGUGGUUUCAAUGUUAAUCUUGGAAAACAGAGCAAAAUAAAUUUUAUUUACAAAAA